GUGCUUCGCCAUGCUCCAUAUGUGGCAGAUGCCUUGGCCGCCCACAUUUGCAGUAUGAUUGGCCUCCAGGUCCCGGACCUUGCCAGCACGCUGCGCAACCGAUUGCAGAACCCACAGCACAUCCGGGACCCGCUUCCGGCUCCACGCAUAUUCGAGUACUGCGGGAAGCGGUACUUGUUGAAGAACAUGGCUUUCCUUCCAGCACCACCCGUCCUUCCGGCACCACUCGUGUCUGUGCCUAUGCCAGUGCCCACGCCAGGUGCUGCACCGGCUGGGUCGGUCGUGCCUCCACCACCUGCCACACCCCCACCAGACGAGACCAUGAUUCCACCACCACCGCCUCCCCUUGUGCCAGCUACGACUUCCGAGGUCCCGAGCCCACCAUCUUCGCCGCCGACCUUUGCUCCGGCCACGCCGCCGAUGGCACCGGUUGUGGGUGGGGCUGUCCGCACCGUCUCGGAUGUGGAAGAUGAGCUGAAGAAAGAGGAUCCGAAGGAGAAGCGCAAGAAGAAGCAUCGAGCGGAUUGGUGGGGCGGCUUUUGGGACGGCCGUGGACAUGACUGGUGGGCUUGGUCCCGCUACGCCUACGAUUCCUCCUAUGAUGGAGGAGCCUGGUGCUACCAAGUCUACGGAAAAGGAGGCUACCAGUCUUGCGGAAAAGGCCGCCAGAGAGGCGGAGGUGCCAAAGGCAACGGUGGGAAGAGCAAGGCCAAAGGCGGCAAAGCCGCCUCUCCGGUGGCUGCAGCUCCUACUACGCCUACGCAGCAGCCCACUGGCGCCGAGAUCUCCGCCGUCACGAAAGCCUUCAAGUUCCAGUGA